AUGACACAUUCUUCUUUGGCAUCGUAUAUGCUAUCUACCAAUGUACACUGCUUGGUUUCAUCGCUGGAUUCAUCGUCACCAUUAUCUCUCCUAGCCAUCCUCGUCAUCUACAGCUCCGAGAUUCCUUCCUUCGCUAUGCUGAACCUUCAUCGCUUUCUUUCCCCCCUUAUCAAUGAAUCAACCACCUGUCGUCAAAUUUCUAACGUCUCGUUUCCCUCUAGUUUCCGUUCACCCUUGUACCGCGAAGGCUCAUUGGGUGUGAUGGAGGUUACAAUAGCAUCGACCGAGAAGGACGCAAGAUAG